AGCACGGGGAGGCUGAGAGCAGCCAGGCCAUGCCAGGCACCCAUGCCAGGCUGAGAGGGUGAAGGGCAGUGCCGAGAGAGCAGCGAGGAGGAGAUGGCUGGUGCCUGAUUAACCCUUCGUGCCUCUCCCAGCACAGCGGCGAUGUCCGAGCCCUGCCCUGGCAAGGAGGCUGCCCCGGCCGAGUGCCCCGUGUGCUAUGAGAAGUUCCAGCCCCUGGAGGCCACGCACCGGCGGCUCAGCUGCGGCCACAGCUUCUGCCACGACUGCCUGGUGAAGUGCCUGCUGGCGGCCAAGCUGGACGGGCAUGUCCAGAGCAGCAUCGUGUGCCCCGUGUGCCGCUUCGUCACCUUCCUCAGCGAGAAGAAGGCUCCGUGGCCACCCAAGGGUACACUGGAGGUGCCCCUGUCGCCGUCCUCCCUGUGCCAGCUGGCCAAGAGCGAGGCCAGCAACGUGCUGGUGGUGCCCAGCCACUUCGUGAUGCCGCUGCAGAGCCCGGAGCGGUGCCCGGCAGGGCUGCUGGCACGGGAUGCCCACAUCUUCAUCAUCAGCAAGCGCGGGGUGCCGCUGCUGGCCGGGAGGGGCGGCGAGGACGCGGCUGUGCCCGGUUCGGCGGUGCCCGGUUCGGCGGUGCCUGGUUCAACAGUGCCCGGUUCGGCGCUGGCACUGCAGUGCUGCCAAUCCCCCAUGGGCCUGGCCGUGAUGCUCGUCCUGACCGUGGCUCUGCUGGCGGCCGUGCUGCCCUGGCUGCUGCUGGUCAGGAGGGAGCUGUAGCCCCGCGGGGACACCGUGUGGGUGUCACUGCUGCUGGCACCCAGCUGGGCUGGAGCCGCUCUCCGAGGGCUCCUGGAGAAAGCCCAGAUCAGCUCCGGGUGGAGCUCUCUCAACCUGCCGGGAACUGAGCGGGCUCUCAGACCUUCCUGCAGCUCUCCAGCUGCUCAAAGCGUCGCUGGUGGCAUUUUCUGUCCUUUCUGGUUAAGAUGGGGACAGCCACAGCCCGCUGGUGGCUUCCUGCGGGGUGUCUGUGGAGGGAUCCUGCCACACCCUGGGACAGCCCCUGCAGGGCUGUGCUGCUCCUGCCCAGCUCUGCUGGCACAGCCAGGGGCUCUGGGGGUCCAGGCUGCCAGGCUGUGGGGCUCUGGAGGUCCCAGGGCAUCAGGAUCAUGGAGAUGCAUCCAGCCUGGAGCAGAAACUCAUGGCUUCCAUCCCGGGGUGGACAAAGCAGAGCCUGCAGCUGCCGGGCACGAGGGCAGAGGAUGGAGAGAGUGAUUCUGGCCCUGCCGAGCUCAGCCUCCCCUGUGCCAGCCUCCCUGCAGUGCCAAGGGGUGGGAGGGGAGCCCAGCUCACCCCACAGGCAGCCCCAGCCGUGCCCUGCCUCGCUGAGCGCCCCAUGGUCGUGGCCACCCUCCCAUUGUCACAGCGUCCCUCCUGCCCCAAGGGACAGGGGCUGGGGGCAAACCCAACUUCUGGCCAUCAGGGGGGCAGAUUUGGGAUCCCACCCUGCUGUCCUUGCUGGAGCCCUGUGGCAGAGUGGCACUUCCUUGUCCCCGUAUCCCACUCCUGAGGUCUCACGGCCAGGGGCUCAUUUCACCUGUGCCAACCCUCCUGGCUUUGCCCUCUUUGGGACUGGUGCCACCUGAGGGGACCCCCGUGACAGCCCCCAGGCCAGGGAGGGCAGUGGGCAGCAGGGGGGCACAGCUGGGCUUUGGGAAACCCCGAGCCUGCUCUCAGGGGAGGGGGAAGGGGCCUGCUGGACACCCCUGCUGCUGCUGGGGCACCUCGGGGCACUUGUCCCCAGGCCAGGCUGCACCUUCAUCACCUUUGUCCUCCUGACCCAGUCCCUGUGCCACAGGGGCUGCUCUCACUCUGUCACCUGGGGAUGUGUCACUUCAUGGGCACCCAGGGUGUGCAGGACAUCCCUGACUGUCACCCCAGGGUGAGCAGUGAGCAGGAGAUCCCCCACUGUCACCCCAAGGUGAGCAGGACGUCCCUCACUGUCACCCCAACAUGAGCAGAAUGUCCCUGACUGUCACCCCAGGGUGAGCAGGGCAUCCCCCACUGUCACCCCAACAUGAGCAGAAUGUCCCUGUCACCCCAGGGUGAGCAGGACGUCCCUGCCUGUCCCCCACAGGAGGUGGCAGUGGGGCACAGGGCCGGCCCAGGGUUCCCAUGCUCCCGAGGGAGGCACAAACAGGGCCAGCAGUGCCACCAAGGUGGCUUUGGGACUGGACAGGGCUUUUCAGGGCACCAAAUCAGGACAGCGU